AUGGACGGAAGAGUUGAUGCUAUGGCUAAGACUACUCAUGAGAAGUUAAUGGACGAAGCUAAAUUCUUUGAGGAGUUCCAACAAAAAAUGAUAGAUUAUAUUAAGGAAGUGGAGUCAGAGGUGGAGAGGGUGGGCAAGAAGGUGGAGAGGCUGGGCGUGGGCAACACUGGUUGUAAUUUUUCAAAGCAAUACCUUGAAUUCAGGGUACACGAAUUGAGUUCGACAAAGCAUCACCUUGAUAUCAUCACAAACUGUUUGAAUCGGACGAGGGAACAAAUUGCCACUCAUCAUGACUACUACGUGCUGCCGCCGCCGUCGCCAACCGAGGAGGAGGAGGAGGACUCUUCUUCUACUUGUAGCAAGCAGCACUAG